UUCGAGCACGUUCGACUGUUUGCCGCGCUCUCUAACGUCCAGUCGAUCUCGUUGCUCAUUGUUAAUAACAGUUUUUUUCUUUUUUUUCUCUUCGAAUCCGGUGUUACUUCCGUUCCGGCGAUCCUUCGAACGAGGAAGGACGAGAAAAGAUUGAUCAGUGGAUGCCCGCGAGGAUAAAGACGAUCAUCGAGCGCGACGAAGGUCCGCUCGCGUGUGUGUGAAAAGUUUGAGAUAGAAGAAGCUUGACGGGGUGAAACUAUAUAAAAAUCGAUACGUCGAUACACACAGCUGUGACCAUGAUGAGCUCUCAUCAACAACAUCCCGGCUACGGGUUUCUCUCGGGCAUGGACCUGCACUCGGUGCACCACGUGAGCCAGGACAUGAACGUAAAUCAACAAUCAGUGUCGUCGCAGGAGCAGCACAUCAAGAGGCCGAUGAACGCGUUCAUGGUGUGGUCGCGGAUCCAAAGGAAGAAGAUCGCCUUGGAUAAUCCAAAGAUGCACAAUUCAGAGAUAUCGAAACGACUGGGUGCCGAGUGGAAGUUGCUGUCCGACAGUGAGAAGAGGCCGUUCAUCGACGAGGCGAAGCGUCUGCGCGCCAUGCACAUGAAGGAACAUCCUGACUACAAGUACCGUCCACGAAGGAAACCAAAGGUGCCGGUGUCCGUGGUGCCAGGCAAGGGAGGUUCCAUGAGUCCAGGUGGUUUCCCCAGCUUCCCUUUGCCGCCAUACUUCGCCGCACCUGCCGCCCCGGUCUCUCAUCACCAUCACCAUCCGCAUCCGCUCGAUUAUCCGCCACUACCGCCGUAUUUCGGCUCCGCCUUCGACGCCGUCCACCUGAGCAAGCUGGUGGCCGGCAGCAGCGGUACCGGAUCAACCUCCUCUGCCGCGGCCGCUGCAGCAGCGGCUGCCGACGCGGCGAACAACAACGCGGCAUCCGCGGCUGCUGUGGUCAGUAGCUUCUACUCCGGAUUCUACUCGUCGCCGACGACAGCAGGUAAGCCGUAUCCGACGACGGCGUCUCACCUGGGACCACUGUUUCCUACCGGACAUCACACGAUGGCUGCGACAGGGCCGCAUCCACCCCUCAUGUUCUCAUCCUCGUCGACGACCGGCUCUGGGAGCAUCGUAACCACCACCAGCAGCCCGGGCAGUAGCCCAGGCUCCACUCCGAUUCCGUCGUCCCAUCAGCAGGUGUCCACACCGACCACGUCGACCACGCUGGACUUGGAACAAUUGCGCAGACCGGUCUCCGUGAUAUUCUAGACCCGUAGAUCCGUCUAAAGGGAACGAGACGCGUCUCGUCCAGGGUUUGAUAGAUAAACGCGCAUCGAGAACCACGUCCGUGGGACGCAACAGCGGGCGCAGGCUUACUUUUUCAAAAUCGCACGCAAGCGUGUGUAAGUACGUUCUAAAGCGCGGGAAACUCGACGAUAUUGUAUUUAUAAUCGCGAUGCUCGAGAGCCGACAGGGAUUCGGAUACAGAGAGGAGGC